UGAAAGGGCUGACUAAGUUUGGCAACUACGUACUGUAACCAUAAAUUACUCAAACUCGUGGAGGAUGCUUUCUCGAAUAAAACUUACCCCCCGCUCUUUUGGACGGCAAAUUUCUACUUUUCAAAAUUUUCGCUGCAACGCCUAUGCAUCCCGCAUCCGCCUGGCAACUCCUCUUUUGGUGCAACGUCGUGGUAUUCGUACAAAGCCAGAAACAUCGAGGUUGAAAACCCACAAGGAUGGGCCUACAGCAGGUGAAAAGGUUUUGAUGCAACGGAUGCUGGAGCAAAGACAACUUAAUAUCUCCAAAGUGGCAAGGGAACGGGGCUGGUUCUUUCCUUCAAAAUAUCUGCAACUUCCAUUUGGCUGGUCGUAUGAAUGGCCCGCCUGGGUUGCUGGGUGGGAGUUGGUCCCCAUUGUAACCCGCUCUCAUAACGAACUUGUUCUCGAGCACUAUUUUGCCAUGUCGGGGAAGUCAACGCCAAUAAUUUUUCACUUGGAUCCUCAUGCCCCAGACUUCAUAUUCCGGUACGAAGGGAUGGACGCGCAGGAUAUUCAACGAAAGGGCGCUUCUUGGAUGGAUCAAGGGAUCCCUGUGAAUUCGACACGUACUCCCCCGAAGAAUUCAUUCUCGCAUCUGGUUCUACACCUGGUUUGGAACACAUGAUGAAAGAAACAUCUGCUGUCUCGGUAUCCUCUGCCGAUCAUUCCUCGCACCGUGACACCUUUGCGGAAGAAUGUGAUCUCGAAUUAAUUCAAUUCGAACAACGACUAGCUGAUCUUGAAAACGAAACAAAAGGAAAGGAUCGUGCAGAGACAAUUAUGUCUCUGGCGUUCGGUGAUUCUAUGGAGGAACCGCUGUAUCCCAUC